AUGUCCGCUCCCUCGGAACUCGACACCAGUAGACAGCUGGUGGAUCGAUUUGGCCCAGCUGUAUUAAACCGUCCAGACGUGAUGGCCGAAUGUCUCUCUCUACUGAGAUCGUACAAUCUCAGUCCUGCUGAUCUCUAUUUCAAAUAUGAGGCAUUCGUCAUGUCUAGGCCAUCCGGCUUACGCGCCAGACUAUCCGAUCUCUCUAUAGAUACUGUCAGAGAAUUGCGGCUUGAGCUACAGCGCGCUCAGCAAGCCUCGGCUGUUGCUAGUAUGGGCGCAUCGGGGGCUUCUGGGCUACCUGCAUCCGAGAAGAAGACCGCCGUAGGCGUGAAGAAAGCCAAGGGCAAGAAGGCAGAUCUGGAAGGACUCCUCGGAGGAUUUGUCACACCCAGUCGGCCCAAACCAACGAAAGAUUUUCAGUCACUGAAGGGCACCAGCCACGCAUCUACAACGCACUUCGACCGAUCCACUUCACAAUGGGCCACCCCAGAACGACUCUCACCGUUACCACCCACAGCUAGUAGUUAUCGCCCUCACCCUUCUAGGCUAUCAUCCAACGCAAAUGAUCUCCUUGCAGAAACUCCGACUGGCGCUGGAACCGGUGGUCUGCAUUUCCCCUCCAGCCCGGUCAGCCCAUCAGGUGUCUCUCCUUCUCUUUCGCCCUCCAUUCUCUCCGGCUCCCCAGUUUCGGCGGUCAACUCGCUCACCGACACCUUGAACCCCCACCUACCGCCAGUGUCCCAAACCAAUUUGAAAAAGGGCUCUAAGCCUCGUGUGGAGCUCUCGUCCACCAUCACUUCCGCCGACUACAGCUAUCGAUACAUGUUCGAGAAAAUUUCGGAACGCAGUGAAGCUUUGGAUGAGCUCAUUGACGAUUAUGCUGAGAUUAUCAAGGAAGCCUAUGGUCUCGAAGAAUUGGCAGACCCCCACCUGGUGACGGACGACACAGUUUACACUGUGGGAAGAGUUGUAGUCAACGCUUCAGGUGUCAAGAUAGACAAGGCUUCUCUCCGAGACUCCUUCCAUCUACAGUCAUCCAGAUUGAUUGGAGGGGGAAGGCGAAUUGCCCUUCAGUUUCCGGGUGACCAGCUCCAAGUCAGAGGAGGCGCGCCUGGCGCCAAAUCCGUGCCGAUGUAUAGUGGCUGCUUGGUUUGUCUGAAAGGGCGAAAUGGAGGCGGAGGUAAAUUCGUCGUCGAGGAGCUGUUGGUGUCUCCCCCCGGUUUUCUGGGUCAAACACCCGCCUCGGAGCUCCUCGAUUUCCAGUACGGCGAUAAACUUACAGGACAACCCAUAUCCCUUUGUGUCGCUUCGGGGCCGUUCACCCUUAGCGACAAUUUGCUAUAUGCGCCCCUGGAGGCAGUCUUGAACAAGGUUGCGGAGGAGCGACCGGAUGUCCUUAUACUGGCAAGACCCUUCAUAGACUCACAGCAUCCUGCCAUCAAAAGUGGUCUUGUGACUGAAAGCCCUGCCGACGUUUUCCGUGCUCAGAUAUCCGAACGUCUACAGAAAGUGAUCGAUGCUUCUUCCGGCACGGUGAUCAUAUUGGUGCCUAGCGUGCGAGAUGUAGUGUCACGGCACAUGGCCUUCCCUCAGGCAAUGUUGGACAAAGAGGAACUGGGAAUUCCUAAGAAAGUCAAGGUGCUGCCCAAUCCCUGCACAUUUUCGGUCAACGAGGUCAACAUUGGCAUAUCAACUGUGGACGUUCUCUUUCAUAUGGGCCAAUCUCAAACCCCUAUCAAAGCCUCCGAGGCGGAUCCCGACCCCGCACUCGCGUCCAGUGCCUCUAACGACGUGUUUGCCAGCUAUAUACGCCAGGUGCUUGGUCAAAGGAGUUUUUAUCCUAUCUUCCCGGUGCUGGAGGAUUUGGCAAGCGAAGUGCACUUGGAUGUGACUCAUUACCCCCUUUUGAAGAUGGACCCGAUGCCUGAUGUUCUCAUCUUGCCUAGCAAACUGAACAAAUUCUCAAAGGUAGUGGAUUCAACUCUUGUCAUCAACCCUUCCUCUCUAGCGAGAGCUCGAGCUACGGGACAUUAUGCCAAGAUCAUCAUACAUCCGACACCCGAGGCUGAGUUGAAGACUGCCCAUCCUGAGGACAUGUUAGAGCAUCAAGUGUGGGAUCGUGCUCGUUCAGAGAUUUGGAAAGUGUGA